AUGCAGGAAAUUUGGCUACGGGAGCUAGGCUGGGAUCAGCCACUCCCCACCGACCUGGUGACCAAGUGGCAAGAGUUCUUGAAAGGGUAUCCGACCCUGAGGGAAAUUCGUAUUCCGAGAUGGGUGCGUUUCCAUCCUGCUGCCAAGGUGCAGUACCAUGCGUUUUGCGAUGCGUCGCAGGACGCAUAUGGGGCUUCUAUUUUCGUCCGAGUCGAAACGGCUGACGGCUGUUGUGCCCAUUUGCUGGCAUCAAGACCAGAGUCGCUCCUGUCAGGUCCAUCUCCAUACCCCGCCUGGAGUUUUCUUGCAUGGCUAGGCAAGCCAGCAUGCACCUGGACGACAUUCGUGGCCAACAGGGUCGCAAAGAUCGAACAGCGCACCAACGAAAGCAAAUGGGGCCAUGUACGAUCCGAAGACAAUCCUUCUGAUCUGGCAAGCCGGGGCGUCUCGCCCCAAGAGCUUAAGGACAGCACACUUUGGUGGCACGGGCCGGCUUGGCUGCCACUCAAGCAGGAGCAGUGGCCGAGUCAACCACUGCUUAAUCCGGAAACCAAGAUGGAGCAACGGCCUAUCGAAUGUCACAGUGCCACAGUGCCGCCAGCAGUGGAUAUCCUAGAGCGUUUUUCAACCUUCGACAGGGCGCUGCGGGUUCUAGCAUACGUGAUCCGUUUUGCGAAAAAUUGCAAAAAGGAAGAUAUACCCCCAUCGUCAGCACUCACUUCGGCGGAGUUGUCCGACGUGCAAGAGCGGUUAAUCGUGUUCACUCAACAGAACGAGUUUCCCGUCGAAUAUAAGGCUUUAAGUAACAAGCUGCAAAUUCCAUCCUCAAGUACAAUUUCUAACCUAAACCCCUUUCUUGACAGAAAGGGGGUCUUGGAGCUAGCGGCCGUUUACAAGCAUCUGACAUGCUCAGUUAUGAUGAAAAACAUCCUAUCAUCAUCCCAGCGCGAUAGAUCGGUGAAACAAACAAUUCACUCGUGCCGAGUUUGUGUCAUCCACAAGAAGAACCUGCAGAGGCAGUUGAUGAGGGAAUUGCCCCGGGCGAGAUCCUCUUUCUCGAGGCCAUUCACUCAUACAGGCAUGGAUUUCGCGGGGCCAUUUGACAUCAAGAGUUAUGUCGGUCGAGCCUGCAAAAUCACAAAGGGAUACGUCUGCGUUUUUGUUUGCUUCAGUACCAUGGCCAUCCAUCUCGAAGCGACGUCCGACUUGACGACAGAGACAUUUUUAGAUGCCUUUUCUCUUUUUUCUGCUCGCCGUGGGUGUCCACAACAUGUCUACUCUGACAACGGGAAAACGUUUGUCGGAGCCUCUACGUCCUUAUCCAGAGACUUUAUGGAGUCAACCAGAACACUGAUCCUCUCCAAACACAGCCUUCAGAACUUGGCCUGGCAUUUCAACCCUCCUGGCGCGCCUCACAUGGGAGGGCUCUGGGAGGCGGGUGUGAAAAGUUUCAAGGCUUACUUCUACAAGUACACAGCAGCAGGGAAGUACCCCUUCGAAGAACUGGCUACCCUCCUUGCGAAAAUUGAGGCCUGUUUAAACUCCAGGCCUAUUUCGCCAAUGUCCGAAGAUCCCACUGACCUUGUGGCUCUUAGCCCCGGACAUUUUCUAAUCGAUGGACCACUUCUUGCGGUAUCGGAGCCUCUGAUUGAGGAAAAUCCUAUUUCCAUCAUCAAUCGGUGGCGAAGGUUGAAGGCCCUGCAUCAGCAGUUCUGUGUGCGUUGGAAGGAGGAAUAUCUGAAGGAGCUCCACAAAAGGAACAAAUGGAAGUUCCCAUCGCGAGAUCUCCAAGCGGGAGACAUGGUUGUGAUCAAGGAGGAGAGCUUGCCAGCCAACGAAUGGCGGCUUGGGCGUAUCCAGUUGGUAUGUCCGGGCGCCGACGGCAAGAUCCGUGUAUACAAUGGCUCCAACGACUCACCAAAAUCCUCGUCGCUCAUCAGGGAGCAAUGUAUACAGAUGCCGAGUCUGCAGGGGAGUCCACGCUCUGAGGGUUUGCCAACGGUUUCUUCAACUGCCAUCGGUGAAGCGGCUCCGCGUGGUACUAAUUAA